CACGUUUCUUUCGUUGGGAAAUAACCAAAGAUGAUGUCACAACCCUAAUUAGUAAUUACUUACCAACAUCGAUCUUGUCGCAUCGUUGAGUUAGAAUCUUGAAUUGCCAAGUCGUGUUCUAGGGUUCCUUCAUUUUUUAUCCGGCGAUGACAUCGGCCAACAACGAAUUAAUUGGUUCCACGAUGGGUACAUCGGCCAAGGAAGAGGUUGUCUCUAAAGUCGACGAGGAAGACGAAGAAAGCAGCAGCGAUAGCGAUAUGGAUGACGGCAGCGACAGCGAGUGGGCUGAGUAUAACAUGUUACCGGAAACUGAACCAGAGUGGGACGUCGAUAGCUUUGAUGGUCACGAAUUUAAAAUCAAUCCGAGGGUUCGUAAGAUGUACGGCUCUAACCAGCAACUUUAUGACGAAUACUACAACGAAAGGCUCGAGGCUUUCCACAGUAAGGGGUUUCUUCCUGAUCAUCUGAACGGAAUCUACAACCUUCAUAUAGACGGCCAGGGGAAUCAUAGGGAUUUAGCUGCAAAUCUUGCUAAUGUGUGUGUUCAGAAAUUCAACGAGACCAAGGUAACGACUUUAGAAUUUGUAAGUGUUGUGAGAGUUACUGUAAGUGGAGCAGCUACAUGGAAGUUGUACAUCACCUUUAUGGCUCGAGAGUUUCGUGAUGGGCCUCUUGUUGAGUACCAAGCCAAGGGCUUCUUCGCUUUUCCAAUCAUGAAUUCCCAAUCGGUGGCGGAGGAGGAAUCAGCUUCUCCUCUCACGAAAAAAAUCAAAGUCAAAGAGGAAGACAAGGAAGAUGACGGAGAUUAUGACAGCGACGACAUAAUCGAAGAAGAAGACAAGGAAGAUGACGGAGAUGAUGACAGCGAUGACGUCAAAGAGGAAGACAGGGAAGAUGACGCCAGCGACAACGGCUAUACCGUUUGGAGAGGUAUGAGAUUUAAAUACGUGCCAGAAAAGGAACCGGAGUGGGAUGUGGACAGCUACGAUGGUCGCGAAUACGAAUCAGAUCCCGAGGAUCGUAAGCAUUUCACCAGCGAGGAGCAGUAUAAUGAAUACCGUCUCGACAAGCUCGAGCUGUUGGAGAGUAAGGGGUUUAUACCAGAUUACGCAAACGGAAUCUACCCUUUUGGUGAUCUGGAAGCAUCAGCGGGUGAAAACAGGACUAAUAGAGAUGAGUUGACACAUUUGGCUUCCUUGUGCUUUAAGAAACUCAACGAGUACAAGGGAAAGUGUGUGGAAUUGGUGAGUAUUGAGCGAGCUACGGUAAGUGGAGGAGCUCGAUGGAAGAUUUAUAUAACGUGUAUGGCUCGGGAGUAUGAGAAUGGACCCCUUGUAGAGUAUCAAGCCAAGGUGAUGAGGUAUGCUGGAAAUUAUGAACCUCCCUUUCCCAUACUUUGCAGACCAAGCCCUAAACCCUCCAUCUAAGUCUUUUUUGUUCAGUGGGAACAACUUAGCAUUUGUGUUAAUUUUCUUAAGAGAUACUACUUUGCUUAUGGUAAUAAUGUCUUGUACUGUAUUUCUAAUAUUUUCAAACUAAAUUACAGAUUGGAAAUGUUGAUGUUUGGUCUAGCUGAAGACCGAUAUGUAUACAAGUUAGGCUUCCAAUUAUAAUUAAGCUCCGAGUUGGAUCUUAAUGGAACUUGGUUUAUCUCAAUGUUAGCUGUGUAAUGUGACCUUAAGCUCUAACUUUUUAAGUUGUGCCCCAUAAAACUAUGAAGUUUAAUGGUUAAUGAAUUAUGUGUUUUAAU